GCAGAGAGGCUAAGAGAAGAGAGAGAGAGAGAGAGAGAGAGGGAGAGAGAUAAAGAGAGAGAGAGAGAGAAAUUUUAGUGCACAUGGGGUUAUGGUAUUUUUGCGAGAGCCUUUUCCUUUAUCCGUGGAUAUGAACCUCAAGUGGAUUUUGUUUUCUCAGAUUCCUAGUGGAUUUCCCUGUUAUUCCUCCCUGGAUCUAAACAGCUGUUGAAGUCGUGAAGACCAAACCAUGCCUCCUCUUCAUUGAAACUUCAACAUGGGCCCUUGACUGGGUUCCCUGACUGGAUUUUAUUGUAUCUAUAUUUUACCAAGUGGUCCCAUUGAGAUCAAAAUACUUAUUUUUCAAGGGAGACCUGGCCAUUAAGGAUGGUGCUAUGUUGCACCCCCACUGAUCACCACCACUGCAUGCUCUACAGUGAAGAUUCCUCCAUGUGCUGUCUAUACUGACAUCCCUACUCAUGGAUAGUCAGUGGCAGGCUUCUGGACAUCAGAACAGCGAUCACUAACCUCAAUUUGGAUGACAAUUUCAACGAGUCGGCAGCUCUGGAUGUUCUGCUUACUCCCGAUCAGGCCCUAAUCCCUGGGACUCAAAAGACGAAGUAACGGCGCAAGAGAAGCAAACGAAGCGGCAUCCUGACGCUGGCUAGCAAAUAAACCGCCUCUACCCUCCAUCCUAUUGGCGAAUGUAAAUUCACUAGAGAACAAACUGGACGAGCUCCGCUCGAGACUACUAUCAACGGGACCUGAAGAUCUGAAACAUUCUCUGUUUCUCAGAGUCGUGGCUGAACAUUGAUAAUAUACAUCUCGCUGGCUUUUCCAUACAUCAUCUAGACUGGACGGCAGCCUCAGGUAAGCCUGAGUGAUCCAUCAGCCUAGCUGGAGAACAAACAACAUCUGGGUCGUAGAGAGAGAGAGGAGAGGGACAAGGCUCAGCAGACACAUAGCCAGAUGGUGUCACUCCAACAACACUACUCCAGCAUGGAGGAGAUGGUGAGGACCCUGCUACAGAACCAGGACACACUGGAGGGCCCCAGUGCGGAUCCAUUAGACCUCAUGAAGGCCUACAAGGACAAACUCCUGGAGGAGAUGUGGAAACAGCAGGACAGUCUGGAGGGCCCACUGCCCCCCUCGAAAGAAAGGAGGCCCAACUCUCCAGGAGCCAUCAGUAGGGGACACGGGGAGGACUACGACGAGACCAAUCCCAUUCUAGAGCGUCUGCGGGCCCUUGAGGUGGAGAACUCUGCCUUGACAAAGGAGAACGACAACCAGAGGAAGCAGUAUGAACGCUGUCUGGAUGAGGUGUCUAAUCAGGUGGUUCAAGCUCUCCUCACUCAAAAGGACCUGAAGGAGGAUUGUGUGAAGCUGAGGACACGCGUGUUUGACUUGGAGCAGCAGAACCGCCUACUGAACGUUCUGUUCCAGCAGCGGGUCAAAACAUCCACCGACCCUAUCUCUCAGGAAGUCCAGCGGAAUGGGAAGGCAAGUGUUCCUGCAGGGAGGUGGCCCAGCCUGCUUAGUCUAACCUGUCCACGCAGUAGCUGCAGUGGCAGUGAGGCCUCAUUAUCCAGCGCCUCUACUGAGUACUCCAGUGGCUCACAUACUUGGGCAGAAGGACAUCGCUCCUCCAAGCAGUCUGUGAUAAGCCGGGAGAAGAGAAUGAGCGCAGGGUCAGUGUCCAGCAAUCGGUCUGUCCCAGCAGAGCAGGCCGAUCUAAAUUGGAAGGAGGGCCACAUUCUGAAAGGCCUGAAGAGGCUCCAAAUGCGCAGCCCAGCUCCCAAGGAGACAUCUUCACUCGCCUCCACGUCACAUUUCAAAGACUGCAUGACCUCCAAUGAGGGCAUAUACUCUUUAGGGGUUAAGGGUGGGCCCCACGGGGUAGUGCCUAAAUUGGCAUUGGCAAAGGGACAUUUUUUUAUGCCAGGAGCAGGAGUCAGUACCUUAAUCUCUGACUCAGACGAUGUAGAGGAUGAAUUGCCUCAAUCACCAGCCAGGGAGUCCUGCGCCCAACCCAUUAAAGAGACUCUCCAUCUGGAAGGAGAGCCUGCGUCUGAAUUGGGAACGGCACAAGGGGGAAAGAGCUCUACGGUCUACAACUCCCAAGAGGAGCCUGUAAGACUCGUAAUUCCCAGCAACUCCUUCUCAACUGGAUCUCAAAACUGGAUAGAAAAAGACAAGCUAGUAGAAACUACAAGACAUAGUUACAAUUUGAGGCCAGAGAGCGUUAAACAGCCACAAAACAAAGUUACGGUCAAACAUCUAGAGGCACGGGCUAGGGAAGUGAGCCUACCCAUUCAGUAUGCAGCAGCCAGAGCUCUGAGUUGGGUUAGUGAGGCCAGACAGCGCAGUGCUUCCAUGGAUACGAAGCAGUACAGAGAGCUGAGCAGCCAGGGUGGAGUUGAUACCAAGGACUACACCAUUUUGCAGUCCCGACAGAAGAAAACACAGCCUAUGGCUUGCGACUCAGCAAGGAAGGCCUUUAUCCUCCGACGCAAGAGUGCAGAUGGAGGUCCAGACCAGGCCAAGCUACACCAGCCCCUACGUCAGAAACUUAUCAAAGUCAAUCAAAGGGCCAAGAACCGCUCAAACCCCCCUGGGCCCAGUGGCCCUCGCACAAAGAUUAACCUCAGCAAGGCACCAGGUCCAGCUAAGGCAUCAGUACAAAUGACUGAGAAAGGUGAGACUGCUAGUGGGGCAAGAACUUCAGGGCCCCUUGAGAAUACAGUACAUCGCUCCCCUUCUUCCUCCCCUCAGAAACUGGUCAAAGUAUUUGAGCCACCUGUGCUGAAUGAUUGCCCCAAGAACACAUCUAAAGUAUCCCAACCAGUUUCCAAACUCCCAUCAAGAAACGACUGUGGGGUAAAAGGCCCCAACUCCAACAAUUCAGCUUGCUCUCCACUUAAACAGAGGCAGCAAGUCCAGCACUCGGAUUCCUCUCGCAGUGAUAUCAGGUCUCCUUCACCUCCACUCCCACCAGGUUGGACCACCUCCCUACUUACUCGACCUGGUUAUGGCUCCUUACCUCAGGCGCAUAAGCCUGUGGUUAUGCUCCAAACCUCUAGCACAGUAAAGGCAACUGCCCGUAACACCAAACCUCUGUCUAGUCAUCAGUCAUCUGUUUUACAAAUGCAACCUCUAGCCCCCAACAAAAUGCAAGACACUCAUCAUAUGGCUCCCAAAAUGGGUAUUGAGGUGAAAAAGCCACCAAAAUGGGUCCCUGCCAAAGUCUACCAUCCUUUACCAACUUCGACCACUCUCCAAGAAUCCAAGGAAACAGACUCUUCCAAAUCCUCAAUGAACAGGACUGUGGCACAAGCCUCCCAUCAGGAAAAUAGUGUUCCCUUUGUGUUGCAAAAUCAGGACAGCUCACCUGUGUCCCAGCAAGGCAAUGGUGAGCCACAAAGUACAGAGCUCUUACCUCAGGCCUCAGCGUCUCUACUUUGCCAUGACAUAGUUAGUAUCUCUCAACAUUCUGUGACCAGGGCAGUAAAUGCAUCCCUUCCUGUUGGCUCCAAAACCAAUGAGACAACCCCAAAGCUGGGCAACAACUUUGCAGUUAUCACUGCUAUAAAGGGAGUGCAGACUUUUGACACCUUCAACCAGGACACGUACAGACGUCCAAUGAUGCACUGUGUCAAUGCAGCUGUAGCCAAGGCCAAAGCCAGGAGAAAGCUUGAGACCCACUGUAGCUCACUAGAGGAGGCUGCACUCCCACCUCCAGUGGCAGAGAAUGGUGUAACUUUGGACUGGGGAUUUGAUGAAGAGAGCUGGCUAUUCAAGCGCUCGGUCUCAGUCUCGACCCGACCUCCUCUCCACCCGGUUAUGGGCAUGAAUGGAGCAAAGGCUCGCAGUCAAAGCUUCGGCGCACGCUAUAUGGACAGACCAAACAUCAGCAGGUCUGGAAAUGUCCGUAAUCACAUCAAAACUAACUCAGGAAGCUCUUUGAAUUCUCUUGGUGAUGUAUUCCGGGGUAGUAUGAGUUGCUCCAAUAGCUACAAUUGUCCAAGGAACAAAUCCCACAACAAUUUCAUGAUUGAGGAAGACUUGCCAAUACCUCUGCAUCUGGAGGCCUCCAGUGAUCGAUUUGGUCUCAAACACCAGAGAUUAAACUCAUGUUCACAUCUCCGGACUGAGAAACAGUCCCCUAGCACCUUCUAUGAACGUAUCCAUGGGAAACCAGAGAGACAGUCAAACAUCUCCACCAUCGAGGAGAAGGUCAUGAUGGGAAUUGAGGAGAAUUUGCAGAAAUCUCAGCAGAAGGAGAAGACAACUGAAACUAAGCAGAAAUCCGGUUCACUGUCAAACUGGUUUGGAUUCCGCAAGAGCAAGCUCCCUGCUCCGAUUGGUAAAAAAGGAGAUUCUCCAAGGGGAAAAGAGGAGAGGAAGGAACCUAGGCUUGGAUCUCUCUUGGGUGGGAAGCAGGCAAAGUUCGACAAAAAGAAGGAAAGGAAGAAAAGUGAAGGUCAUCAAAUGGAUGGCUCGGUUGGGAAAAGAGACUCCCAAGAUACAUUGCUCGUCUGCCUUUCGAUGGCCUCCCUGGGAGCCCCAGGUAACAGCAACAUACAAGGACAAACCGCCAUCAGUGGGGACACAAAGACAAAGAUACAGAGGAUGAACCUCAGGACCGAUAAUGACAACAGAGUUGCUUUGAAGAGCCCCAGUGAAGAUCACUUUAUCGGCUCCGGCUGCAAGAUGCGAACGUUGGACAGCGGCAUUGGAACAUUCCCCCUCCUCGAUUCCUCCUCCUUGUUCUCCUCCAUCCUCCACCUCCUUCCCAAGUCCACAUCGGCCCAACACUCCCUCAGUCCUCCCAGUGCUCCCAGUUCCUCUAGUGAGGAGGUGUCACCCUCCCCAUUACCCCGGUGGAGAGUACCGUCUGGCUCAAAAGACCAUCUCUGCAGCCAACCAGGCCUGGACAACUCCUCGUUAUCCAACACCACUGUGACCCUUGUCCAAUCAGUGCCUUAUCCCACUUUGGCCUUCCUUCAGCCUGUCCAAUCCCUGUCUGAGCCCCUUGUGACCUGUGCCAGUGUGUGUGAUACCCAGAGCAUGCUGCCCAGACUCGCCUCAGGCUCCGGCUGCAAGAUGCGAACGUUGGACAGCGGCAUUGGAACAUUCCCCCUCCUCGAUUCCUCCUCCUUGUUGUCCUCCAUCCUCCACCUCCUUCCCAAGUCCACAUCGGCCCAACACUCCCUCAGUCCUCCCAGUGCUCCCAGUUCCUCUAGUGAGGAGGUGUCACCCUCCCCAUUACCCCGGUGGAGAGUACCGUCUGGCUCAAAAGACCAUCUCUGCAGCCAACCAGGCCUGGACGACUCCUCGUUAUCCGACACCACUGUGACCCUUGUCCAAUCAGUGCCUUAUCCCACUUUGGCCUUCCUUCAGCCUGUCCAAUCCCUGUCUGAGCCCCUUGUGACCUGUGCCAGUGUGUGUGAUACUCAGAGCAAGCUGCCCAGACUAACCUCAGCAGUUAGAAUGACAUGAUCAUGAAGACUGACAAGGACAACUGCUAAGAAACCAUCAGCAAAUAAAUUCUGGAACAAAAUGAGCAGCAUCGAGGGGAGAGAGAUAGAGAGAGAGAUGGCAAUCAGCAGGCAUGUAACCUACAGGGAGAUGCAUGAUUACAAUGGCUCAUGGUCAAACAAAAGCACUAUACCUACCUUUAGGAAUAGAACUGCCCGUGAAAACAUGUUAUGUCAACAUAUGAAGGCUAGAAGCCUGAAAGUUGCCCAUUUCCUUCUGAUGAGUUUCUGUCCACAGGACCCGAAGUGUUAAAAUCAGUAAACUAUUGAUUUACAGUCACAGGCAAUUAUAAUCAUCAUUGGACUUGGUUUGCUGUACUUGAAACACAUUAGCCUCUUCAGUAGCUUUACCAGUUAGCUCACACUUAGGUACUGUGCUGUAAUUUCUAAUUGCUCCUUAUCUUGUCAACUUAAUUAGACGGAUGGCGUGGGAAGAACGCCACAAUGACCUUCUCUCUUUCGGGAGUUUUAUGAAAGAGAUAGUUUACUCAAUUUACAAAAUAUUGAUUUCCUUAACCUGUAAGCAGUCUUUGGACAAGGAAAGACAGAAUUCAUGCCUUGGUUUUACUUACAGGAUCAAGUAAAGAAUAAGUAAUUUAGUAAUUUCGGUGAGCUAUCUGUUUAACAGUUAGCAAAACAAUACAGACUGACUUGGUAGGUUCUGUGCUGGGCAAUAUGCGGUUGGGUUGUUUAGGAACAAAACCGAUGCGUGCUCAACUUUGGGGCAAAACAACUAAACUCCAAAGGAUUAUUGAAAACGUGAAAUAUAUUUAGUCUCCGAAAUGUUUAUUGAAAACAUACUUUUGCCCAAUAAGCACUUGUUGUUUUCUCUCAAAUAGAUAAUCAAAGAUAUUGGGUAGCUAGCUAGCGAAAUUUUGCCAUAUUAGCAUAGUCAUACAGAAAGUCAAGCACCUCAAAACAAGACAUGGUAUCAAGAACAAGAUACAACGAGCUGAAACAAACCACAUACGAUUCCCCACAUGGCAGCUUCCUGUCAAUGUUGCUAGCUAUCUGACCAUUCAGAAUAAUAACAACUCAUGGUCUUCUGCCCCAUCAAUGUGCAGGCAUAAUUUUCUUGAUGUCGUCAGGCAACCUGUCUAUAUGUACUGUCAACUGACACACAAAAUCAGUGUGCAACAAACAUAACUUCAAGGACGUCUGACUGGCUAAUACGCUAUCAAUCACAGAAGUACAGUAUAGGCAGGAUCUCCACUCAUAACUGUGUCGUUCCACCUCAAAAAUCACAAGAAAGAAGAUUGACAUCCACCAUCUCAGAUUGUUCUGAAAUCGGUUCUGUAGUUAGUGACAGAUUCCAUUAGCGUUCCUGAAACAUUAUUUUGUUGAAAUAUAAUUUGAUCUCUGAGAAAUUCAGCUAAUUGAUUGCACACAAUUGGGCAUUUUAAUUGACAGGAUUCUGAUAAUAUUCAAUAAAUACAGUACCCAACAUCCGAUAUGGACCAAACAUGGGAUGACUCAACUGUAUGUCACUACGUUGAAUAGAUUCACCCUAAAACCGCAUGAACAAGUAUAUUAAAAAGAAUGUUAGCUUUGUAUAUAACAAGCACUUUUAAUGACUUGUUACACAUUAUUGAACUCUUGUUUAAACAGUAUACCUAUGAACUCAGUUAUACAUAAGCGCAACAUGAAUAUUGCUAUGCAGUCAGCUCAGGGAAAUGCCAUUACUCAUUUAGGAAAUACUUAAUGGAUGGCUAUAAGCAGGUUUCCAAUUUAACCCCAACACAUGAUUUUGGUAUAAUGUAAUGUAUAUUUACAGUGCCUUCAGAAAGUAUUCACACCCUUUAACUUUUUCCACAUUUUGUUGUUUAUUUUUGAAUUUAUUUAACCUGGCAAGUCAGUUAAAAACAAAUUCUUAUUCACAAUGAUGGCCUACCCCGGCCAAACCCACCCCUAACCCAGACAAUGCUGGGCCAAUUGUGCGCUGCCCUAUGAGACUCCCAAUCACGGACGGUUGUGAUACAGCCCAGGAUCGAACUCAGGUCUAUAGUGACGCUUCUAGCACCCUGCGCCACUCAGGAUCCCUGUGUUACAGCCUGAAAUUAAAAUGGAUUAAAUAUAGAUUUUUUUGUCACUCGCCUACACACAAUAACCCAUAAUUUCAAAGUAGAAUUAUGUUUUUCAAACUUUUUACAAAUGAAUAAAAAAUGUAUAGCUGAAAUGUAUUCAACCCCUUUGUUAUGACAAGCCUAAAUAAGUUUCGGAGUACAAAUUUGCUAAGCAUGUCACAUAAUAAGUUGCAUGGACCUAUUGUGAAUGACUGCCUCAUCUUUGUACCCCACAAAUACAGUUAUUUGUAAGGUCCCUGAGUCGAUCAACAACAUUAUAUUUACUCCACAAUACUAACCUAAAUGACAGAGUGAAAAGAAAGAAGCAUUUACAGAAUAAAAAAUAUUCCAAAACAUGCAUCCUGUUUGCAAUAAGGCACUAAAGUAAAACUACAAAUAUUAUAGCAAAAAAAAUGAACUUUAUGUCUUCAAUACAACACAUCACUGAGUACCAUUCUUCACAUGUUAAAGCAUGGUGGUGUGUGUAGGUGAGAGAAAACAAUUUAAUCCAUCUUGAAUUCAGGCUGUAAAACAACAAAAUAUGCAAUAAUUUAAAGGGUAUGAAUAUGUUCUGUAUAAACUUUAUAUGUAUAAAAUAACUGUGUGAGGUAUUGCGUUUAGGCAACUCACUUUUACGCUCCAAAUAAAAUGCAUAUUGUGUACUCUA